UUCUCUCAUCUGCGUCUCCUCCCUCCAUCUUUCAAUUUGAUAGUUGAGGAUCUUGUAUCGGCUAGGCUUAUCUAUGGCGUCCGCGAUUCUGAAGCGAGUCAGCGCCUCCGCGAAGAGCACGCUGGUUGAAUCUAUGCGAAUCAGAGCGUCAUCGCGAGCCUUUGCGGCGGUGGCGGUCGGAACUGACAUCGUCUCCGUCGCACCGAACGUUUCUCUCCAGAAGGCUCGGAGUUGGGACGAAGGUGUCUCCUCCAAGUUCUCGACGACUCCGCUUAAAGAUAUUUUCAAGGGCAAGAAGGUCGUCAUCUUUGGGCUUCCUGGUGCAUAUACAGGAGUUUGUUCUCAGCAGCACGUUCCCAGUUACAAGAACAAAAUUGAUGAGUUCAAGGCUAAAGGAAUUGAUUCUGUUAUUUGCGUGUCUGUUAAUGAUCCAUAUACCCUCAAUGGCUGGGCUGAGAAACUUGAAGCGAAAGAUGCUAUACAAUUUUUUGGGGACUUCGAUGGAAGAUUUCACAAGAGCCUGGAACUGGAUAAAGAUCUUUCUGUUGCUUUGCUUGGUCCUCGUUCUCAAAGAUGGUCAGCAUAUGUUGUAGAUGGCACAGUUAAGGCUCUUAACGUAGAGGAAGCUCCAUCCGACUUUAAGGUUACGGGGGCAGAUGUCAUUUUGAACCAAAUUUAGAGUCAGUUUCCAUUGCAACCAAUUCAAGGUCUUGGAUUCCGAAUAAGACCAUGGGUGUAACUGAGUUGUGUAUGACAAAGGUUUUCUUUUGAUUUUUUUGUUGGUCUGAAGUAAAUCCCAUGUGACGAUUGCUUGGCUGCUUGGCUUCCACUUAUUGUUCUUCAUAUAUAAAAUGUUCUAACUUGGAUUCAGAAACUCAAAAA